CUUGAGCCGCAUUCAGUUUCGAUUCAACGCUGAACCUGAUCGUAGGUUAACCGAACCGAAUACCACACAUCUCUCACUCAGAGUUCUGAAAUUAUUUCGGAAAGACAUAUCGUACCCGUACCGGCUGCUGUCUUAAAUUCGAAAACAAACGUCGGACGAUAGCAUAAUUCGGUUUAAAAUUUUUGUUUGUUGUUUUCUUUCGAAAUUCAUCUGACGGUUGCAAUCAACGUCAACUUCAACGCAACGAUUUCUUUCUUUUGUUGAACUUCAAACUUAACUUCAAUUAAAAUUGUGAAAAUUUACUCUUUAACUCUCGAUCGAUUGAUCCAAUCGUACGUGAUACACUUUCGACUUCGUUGGCAUUUUAUAGUUUUUUAUCGUGUCUUCAAUUAUUUAUUUUGAGUGUUUUCUAUUUGUUAUUUUGUUGUGUGUUGUUGGUUUUAUUUUAUAAAAUUGUUUAUUUUUAUAAAUAAAUAAAUAAAAAGUGAACUGAAUAAGCGUUGGGAGAGAUUAAAAUAAAAUAAAAUAAAAACAGAAGAGAAAUGUCAAAUGCGACAAUGGAGAAACAACCAGGUGCCGCUGCAAUCGAUGAAGAUGAAAGAUGCAUUAGUGGGCCACUAGAGUGGACGAUAUUAAUAGUUGCAAUUGUUUUGGGUGUUGCCCUGCUCUUGUUUAUAAUCAGAAAAAUCGUCCAAGGACCAUUUUAUCGCAAGAAAAAUCGCAUUGAUGGCAAAGUGGUAGUCAUUACAGGAUGUAAUACAGGAAUUGGCAAGGAAACUGCCCUAGAACUUGCGAGACGUGGUGCUAAGAUCUACAUGGCUUGUCGUGAUCCCGUUCGAUGUGAAGGUGCUCGUUUGGAAAUUAUCGAAAAGACCAAAAAUGAAAAUAUUUUCAAUCGAACGUUGGAUUUGGGUUCCUUGGAAUCUGUACGAAAAUUUGCUGACAAAUUCUUAGCAGAAGAACCACGAUUGGAUAUUCUUAUCAAUAACGCCGGUGUUAUGGCCUGUCCCAAGGGAACAACAAAAGACGGCUUUGAUUUGCAAUUGGGAACAAAUCAUUUGGGUCAUUUUCUUUUGACUAAUUUACUUUUGGACUCGUUGAAACAAUCGGCUCCAAGUCGUAUUGUUGUUGUAUCCAGCGCCAUCUAUCUAUUUGGAAAAAUCAACAAGGACGAUUUGAACUUCGAAAAGAGCUAUAGCAAAUGGGGUGCUUAUUCGCAAAGUAAAUUGGCCAAUAUUUUGUUCACAGUGAAAUUGAGUGAACUGUUACACGGAAGUCAGGUUACUGUCAACUGUUGCCAUCCAGGAGUCGUAAAGACCGAACUAUCUCGCCAUAUUAUCAGUGGCAGAACAAAAUCACUCUUACAACCCAUUACAAGCUUCUUCUUUAAGUCGCCAGAAGCUGGAGCUCAAACCUCUUUGCGAUUGGCUCUUGAUCCAGCUUUGGAGAAAUCAUCAGGUUCCUAUUAUUUUGACACAAUCAGAUGCCCAGUGCUGCCAAAGGCCAAGAACAAGGAAAUGGCCGAUUACUUGUGGAAGGUCAGUGAAGAAAUGGUUGGUUUGAGGCCAAAAGAUCAAAUGACAGUUGUGCCAGUUACCUUACAUGUUCCACCCAAGAGUGAAUCAAACGGUCACACUACCGUUAUUGAUGUCGAGAAUAUCUCAAGCAACAAUGGAAUGACAGACAAUAAGAAAAUGGAAGAGUCAAUUAUUAUAAAAUCGAACGGAGUUUCUGAGAAAUCAGAGAAGAUGAAGAAAAUGUCCGAAAGUGAGAAGCAAGAUGAACCGGAAAAGGUUGAUAAGCCCGAAAAGAUGGACAAAAUGGAAAUGGCAAACAUCAAAUCAGAAACUACUGCUCAGGAAGAGAGUAAAAUGUCAGAAAAAAUGGACUUACCAGAAAAAACCACGGGCGAAGAACAGUUUGAAAAAAUGCACAUUUCAAAAACAAACGGAGCUAUUUCCAACAGGGAUGUUAGUGAGGACAAACCAGAUGGUUCAGAAAAACAUGACAUGCAACCAACGCAAACAAUGGAAAAGAAGGACCCUAUGGAAAAUAUUAAUGCAAUUGAGAAGGCAGAUGUGAUAGAAAAACAAGAUGCGGCUGUGAAUGAGACAGCAACAACAACAGAAUCUAUUGAAAUCGGAACGCGAGAGAAAGCUAUUUAAGAGAGACAGAGGGAGAAAGAUGGAGUUCGAUGAUAGUUAGUUAGAAUUUUAUGAAAUGACUAAUUUAUAUUUUUAAGAUCAGUUUUAUGUUUUAUAUUAAUAAUAAUAUUAAUAAUACUCAUCGCAUAAUUAUUUUUUAGUUUAUAUUAUUUAAGAAUCAUUUCAUACUUAUUUUAAUUAUUAUUAUUAUUUUGAGUGUUAACUACUAUACUUUAUUUUAUUGGCUGCCUAAUGAUUUUUGAGUUGAAACGAAACGAGAAACAAAACAUAUUUUUAUUGUAAAUAAAUUGAAAUAUAUCAUAAAA